AUGAUAUGUGAUUGUAAUACCAAGUCCCAGAAAAGUAACGAAGACGUCAACAUCGAUCAGAACAGUACUGGUCAUCCAUUGAAAAAAAGGGAAAUUACGUCUCAAACCGAAAAGGAAUGCGAAGGAGAUUGUCUUUUGACAGCAAAAUCAUCUGAAAAAAACGACGAGAUAAUAACGAUAAAGGAAAACUGUAAUGUAAAAAAAUCUGAUCUCUUGGAAUAUUGUCCUACUGCCGAUGACUUUUUUGAAAUAAACAGAGAAAAACCAAAAGAUUGCAUUCUUCAAAACACUACAGACAAUGAGAGUUUUCAGUAUCACUGCAUAAAAUUUAAGUUGUUCAUUAGUUUACAAAUUAUCAAUAUUGGAGAGGGUCCAAAAGACAAUUUCAAAUUUAUUUCACUGGAUACUCGUUUAGAUUUAAUAACAGAAUGCCAAAUUAAUGAAAAUGGAGAAGCGAAAAUACUGAAGGAGUUCAAAUUACCUAAAGAAAUGACAAGUGGGAGAUUGGUCGAAUACAAUGGAAAUAUUUAUAGUCGACAUGGCCUUCGCUCGGAACGAAGGAUUGUCAAGUAUAACAUUGAAACAAAGAAGUUGACUUUUGGGAAUAAACUCGGUUUUGUUGAGUAUAAUGAUGAGAACGUAUGUGUAGUUCCAGAUGACAACUUUUUCUGGGUAUUUGACGUUAUAAAUAAGACAGAAAAUUUAAAAAGGGGUCGAAUUGAAAGGGUUGUCGUGGGAUAUAAAAUGGAUUUAGAUAAUUUAAAAGUUUUGUCGAAGCAGAAUUUUACUUUCAUUAAUUGUAAAAUAAAUUCCAUCUUCGUUGCUUACGGUAAGUUUUAUUAUCUGCGUAAGCAUCCUCCUAACAAAUUUCGUAUUUUGUCGGCUUUACACAACAAAGUAAUCGCAGACAUUGAUUUACCUGAGAUCCCACGUCCAUACGCGACUAGUUCUAACUUCUUCUAUAAUAUUACUGAACAAAAUCUUUAUUUAUAUUAUACUAAUGUUGUAGAUAACCAUGUACUUUAUGUAAAAAAGUUACAGUUCAAUUGUUCAAACGAAGAUUGACCAAUUCCGUUGACACUUGAAUUAUUUUGUCUUAUUUUCAUUUUUCCAUAUAAAAUCUUUUGUAAUAAUGAAUAAUUUUAACGUUAAUAACUUCUUUGUAUGAAAUAUUA